UUGUAGCUUUAAUAACAUUUGCUGUCUUCAUUCUUGUACAUCCAGCGUUUAGCUGCUAACGGCAAGGGUUAUGAAAUGUAAUAUAAAACAGUCUGUCUGAACAUGGCUGACACAUAACCUGCAGAAAAGUAGCAGCAGUAGUGGGCAGUGAGUUUCGGGGAUAAUGGACUCCUGGACCCCGAACCCCCGAGCCAAGCCCUUCAUCCCUCGACAGCAGCGCAGCCUCUACCUUACCUGGAAAUACAAAUUCACCAACAAACGAGCUCUCCGCCGAAUUUGCCAGGGCGGUGCAGUCCUAUUCUUGUUCAUUACUGUAAUUGUGAACAUCAAACUUAUUCUGGAAACGAGGAGAGCAGCGAGCGAAGAAGAUCCUGCUCCAGAUUACGAUGAUGCCUUGGCCAACAUGGAAACGCCGCGAAGACCGGCCAGCGGACGCAAGGUGUUGGACAUCGAGGUGUACUCCAGUCGCUCAAAGGUGUACGUGGCAGUGGACGGUACCACAGUAUUGGAGGACGAGAUGCGGGAGCAGGGAAGAGGCAUACAUGUCAUCGUGCUUAAUCAGGCUACUGGCCAUGUAAUGGCUAAGCGAGUGUUUGAUACCUACUCACCCCAUGAGGAUGAAGCUAUGAUCCUCUUUCUCAACAUGGUCACUCGUGGCAGAGUCCUAAUCUUCACCAUUAAGGAUGAGGGAACCUUCCAUUUGAAAGAUGCUGCCAAGAACUUGUUGAAGGGACUGGGCAGUCAAGUGGCUGCUACUCUUAGCUGGAGAGACAUGUGGACUCUGGUUGUGAAAAAAGGAGGUCAGGUGUAUGGGGAGAAACACUCAAAAUCACCUGCUCUCUCCACCUGGGGAGAUCCUGUGCUGCUGAAGACUGAGGUUCAGCUCACAGCAGCUGAAGAGGCAGAGUGCCACUGGGCAGACACAGAGCUGAACCGAAGGAGGAAACUCUUCUGCAGUAAAGUGGAGGGUUAUGGCAGCAUCUGCAGUUGCAAGGAUCCAGCACCAAUAGAGUUCAACCCAGAGCCACUUCCCAACAAUAAUGUCUACAACAUCCCAGUUGCUGUCAUCGCAGGGAAUAGACCAAACUAUCUCUACAGAAUGCUGCGCUCCCUGCUGUCCUCCCAUGGUGUGAACCCACAAAUGAUCACUGUUUUUAUUGAUGGUUAUUAUGAGGAGCCUAUGGAUGUGGUGGAGUUGUUCGGGCUUAAAGGAGUUCAGCACACACCCAUUAGCAUUAAAAAUGCCCGCGUGUCCCAGCACUACAAAGCCAGUUUAACUGCAACUUUCAAUCUCCAUCCGGAUGCAAACUUUGCCGUUGUCCUGGAGGAAGAUCUGGAUAUUUCCAUCGAUUUCUACAGUUUUCUCAGUCAGACCAUUCAUUUGCUUAAUGAAGAUGAGAGCAUUUAUUGCAUAUCGGCCUGGAACGAUCAGGGUUAUGAGCACACAGCAGAGGACCCGUCACUGCUUUACAGGGUGGAGAGUAUGCCCGGCCUGGGCUGGGUGCUCAAAAAGAGCCUCUACAAGGAUGAACUAGAACCCAAAUGGCCCACUCCUGAGAAGUUGUGGGACUGGGAUAUGUGGAUGCGCAUGCCAGAGCAGAGGAAGGGAAGAGAGUGCAUAAUUCCCGAUGUCUCCCGCUCCUAUCACUUUGGCAUCGUUGGCCUCAACAUGAACGGUUACUUCCAUGAAGUAUACUUUAAGAAGCAUAAGUUUAACACCGUCCCAAAUGUUCAGUUGAAAAAUGUUAAUAGCUUGACGAAAGAUGCCUAUGAAGUAGAGAUCCAGAAUCUGUUACGUGAGGCAGAAGUUCUAGAUCACGGCAAGAACCCAUGUGAAGACUCGUUCAUCCCAGACACAGAAGGAAAGACCUACGUCAUGUUCAUCAAGAUGGAGCAGGAGACGGACACGAGCACCUGGACUGAACUGGCCAAGUGCCUGCAUGUGUGGGACCUAGACGUGCGAGGCUAUCACAGAGGCCUCUGGAGGCUCUUCAGAAAGAAAAACCAUGUCCUUGUUGUAGCUGUUCCAAUCUCGCCUUACUCCACUCGGAAGCCUGCCCAUGUUACCCCUAUUCACCUGGAGCCUCCACCUAAAGACGAGGCAGCCCCUGUGGAGCAGAUGUAGAGCAGCUGCAGUUGAACAGGUCUCAUUAAACAAAGGGUCCCACUUGCACUAGGCCUGCGCUGAGAGAACCUUCUGCCUUCAGGCCACAGCGUAAGCUGCUACAGCUGCUACAGCUUCUCUACCGGAGCAUCCUCUGAUACAUGCUGCCUGUGUCGACUAGAAGCUCUUGCGUUAUGUGAGUGAGGAAAAUGCAAAUGGUGAGUAGAGUAGUUCUUCCAGUCUAAUGGGAAAAUGGCAAUGCUCUUUCUGAAAGAAGCAUGUCAUCUGAUGAAGUAAUGGUUAAAAGGGAUGUUUUACUUGUUAGAAUAGUUAUGAAUAGGAAAAGUGGACAAGAAAGGAUGCAGUGAAUCUGAUUUUUAAACACUACUGAAUGCUUUUGGUUGUACUGUAUAUACAUUUUAACUUAUGUCUAUUUAUUUUGGCAGUAUCAAGCUAGUUGAGGUUGUUAGCAACAUUUAAGAGUGGUGUUUAUAGGGCUACGUGUAGCCUUCAUGAGUCCUUCAUGAUAACUGACCUGCAUAAAUUCUCAAAUGCUAAAAAGGGAUCAGCUAUUUGUAAAUACCAUAAGCUAUUUCUAUAAUAAGCCAUAAGCUAUGUCUAUUUAAUGGCUAAUUAUGCCAAUCUUGAUAUGAAGUUGACAUCUUGACGUCAGGUGACAUUGUGUAAUGACACGAUCCAGGCUAAUGACUUCAUAGCUUGGAGUACUCUUUGUAUGUCACAGCCCCAUAACAGUGAUUCACUCAUCAACUAUCAAAGAAAAUGCACAUAAAUCUGACAUUAUUGCCAUAGGCAUUCAUAAAACUCUUAGAAGCUGAAUUAUGAGAUUCAAGCUAUGUUACAUCAUCACCAUUCUGUCACUCUGACAUAUCGGAAGUACAUCGAGCUAACAGGUGUCGUUAUGUCAACAAAUAUGUCGCUUGUCUUUGAGGAAAAAUUGAAGAAAGCUCUCUUUAUGACAGUUGAUGCCUGUCGAAUUAUAUAUGUAUGUAGGGUUGUCAUGAAGCACCUGUGGAGGUGUUAUGUAGCCCUGUGAACAGCACCCUAAAAUAAAGUGUUGCGAGUUUUAUCUUUUGGUCAGUGAAAUCAUUACACUUAAUUCUAGCAGUGUUUUGAAUAAAAAGUUUUAUAGGCAUAUAUUUUUACAACAAAAAGUUCAUAUUUUUGAUCGUACAUUUCAGAUGAGAGUUGGUUGUGUGUUUUUAUUUAUUAAUCACCUGAGGUUGAUUAUUGGUAGAGAGAAUGUCUGGUACACAUCAUUGCCCGAGGUGGAGUUUUCUAGUUCAAGGCUGUACCACGAUGCCUUCAUCUAGCAGACUGGAGAAUUGGCAGGUCUUUGUAUUGAUGUUGUAGCCAUAGGCGUUUUUUACAGGCUGAAAGAAGUUCAAGGAUGUCUUGAAAACAUCACCUCUACAUGAUCUGGAAUCGAACAUGAUUGCAUUAGUCAGAGGUCACUUGAGGUCGUGUUAUGGUUUUGACGCGUUCAGCUUUACUGUAGGUCUGCACAACACUAUACACUGAUAAAAUCUUAUCAUUUCAGGCGCAAUUCUUUCAUUGGUUUAUCUGUAUUGUGACAUUUAUUUUAUUAUAUUAAUGUACGUGACUUGUAUAAUGUUUUCAAAUCAUUUCAUGACUGGAUUUUUGGCAAUAUGAAUCUUAAUGGUACAACCGGAAGUAUUGAAUUUACCACUUAAUAUUAGUUUGCAAAGAAUGUGCAAUAGGUUUGGUUUCAAACGGAUUUAUUGGAAGUUCAUUGGAGAUACCACUACUGCUCAAGUCCUUUAAACAUUUCCCUCUUGAUUUUUCUAUACUGAAUUUUGUUUUGUAUUUUGCUGUUUUUUUUUUUAUAAUAAAAUUAAACAUUUGUAAGCUUU